CCUGUAACUUUGCCUAACAGGAGUGUUGGGCGGUUCUUCUCCAUCCGUUACAGCACUCAAGAAGGCCCUGGUCUCCCCCCGGUAGUGGGUACUGUCACCUCUUUUUUUUUGUGGAGGGGGCGUGGACACAGCGGCCACACCACCAAACCCAGCGACGCCUCUUUUUUAUUUUUUACUUUGGACCCAGGUUUCCUUUUUCCGUUUCGCUCUAGCCUGGUGAUAUCCCACUACAACCACAUCUGUGUCUUUUUCUUUUCUUUUCCUUCGUUUCUGCCCUUGUUCAUGCCCUUGUCGCUACAUCCCCAUCUUGAGACGCUUAAGUGGCAUCCACUCCCUCACCUCGGCCUCGUCCUGCUUAAUUAGCUUGGGCCAUCCGCUUCCCAUUCCAGCCUUGGGUUUACACCACACCGAAGGUCGCUCGCUACAUUCUCUCAGCUCCAGCCCGCCUACGCCUCAUCCUGCAUUCCUCGUCAGCCCUGCCCUGCACGCUGCCCAGCUCUGCUUCGUCUUGAGUCUGGUCUGGUCUUGUGCAUGCAGUAGUACUGCCACCCUUUAUAUCAGCCUGGCUACCACCACCACUACUGUUGGGCUCUACUACGACAACCUCACAACACCUUCAGCAUGUCUUCGACAGCGAUGGCCUCGUCGACAGGUACUGCCGCUGCUCCGCCGGCGGCCUCAACAACGGUACAUGCUCAGAAUCUGAUUACUGAUGACGACAAGUCUGCGCUGAUCGAGGUUGUCACGCUCAUGUUCAUGGUCCUGGCCAUCCUGGCCUGCUUGGUUAGAACGGGCACCAAGCUUUACAUGAUCAAGACGGUCAAACUGGACGACAUCCUUGUUAUUGCUGCUACGAUACUCGCCAUUGCGCAAUCCGUUACCAUCCUCAUCGGCACAGGUACUGGUCUCGGCCAGCGGUACAAGACGCUAGAUGCCUCGCAAUCAGAAGGCUUCCUCAAGGUGGAGUACGCCGCAUCGCUCUUCUUCAUCCUCUCGAUUGGUCUGGCCAAGGUCUCUGGCGCGAUGAGCGUCCACAGCAUGGCCCAGAAUCGCCAGAAGAUCUUUAUCCGUGUUUGCGAAAUUGUCUGUGCUAUUUGGACAGCAAGCGCCUUCUUUGUUGUACUCUUUGGCUGCGAGAUGCCUGCUCCCUGGAACUACACUCAGCCUCGCAAGUGCAUUGACCGCACCGCCUUCUGGACUUACUACUCGGCCUUUAACAUUUUUAGCGACCUCGCCAUCAUUUCUCUCGUCGUCACCAACGUCCGCCACAUCCAGACCUCGUGGGCCAAGAAGGCACUGGUCAUGGGUGUCUUUGGCAGCCGCAUCCUCGUUACUCCCGCCAUCAUUGCCCAGAUCUAUCUUACUGAGAGGGCUAACCGCUCGACCGACUACUCGUUUGCUAUUUGGGACUCUACCGUUGCCAUCGAGCUUGUCCAGUGCCUUGCUCUUGUAACCGUUUGCAUUCCCAACCUCAAGCCUUUCCUCGACAGCCUUGAAUCUGGACAGAUCAGAAUUGACGAUAUGCGCCGCCAAGGCAAGAGCAGCAGCAACGGCUAUCCUGCCUACAGAGCUGGCUACGCUGGCUACAAGGGUGCUCAACACAGUGGCCACGGCCGCAGCAGAAACCCUCAGUCACGCAACAUCGACACACUGUCAUCGCAACGCAGCGAUGUUCAUGAGAUGACUGACAUUCCCAAGUCUCGUGGCGGUGCUGCUGCCCGGGGCGUGGCCAUCACUACCGAUGAGAACCAGCCUGCGUGGGACGGCCGCAGCCACACAAGCCAGUCCAGUCAGACGAUUCUGAUUCAGCAAACCAAGACUUGGCACGUUGAUGUGGAAAACUCUAGUCCGACUGCCCCUGCUAUAACGGCGGAGAGGUAGGGGAGCAGGUCUACCCCAGGCCAGGGUUGAGUGGCUGUUUCUGUAGAUACCCACCCCUUCUCGCCCUGCCAUCACCAACCCACGUUGAAAAAAAGAACAUACUUUGCUGGAAUUUUCGAUCUCGUUCAUUUGGAGAUAUGGACCAAUCUGCGAUUGGUUCCUAUAUGAACGGGCUCUUUUGUAUAUUUUAAGGGAGCUGGCGCGAACAACUCUUGCUUUGGAACGGUGCUCUAUAUUUGGGUCAUUCUCUUUGACAUAAUGUUUCCUUUCUUUUUUGUCUCGGUUCUUGGAGUAGGUUAUCUAAGAGGUCUUUUUUGGAAAUAACAACGGCGAAAUGUCUAAUUGCAAUCAAAAUCUAUUUUCAUCAUCUUCACUCGUGUUAUCUCUCGCUUUUACUGUGUGCUUUCCAAGAGGGCGUGUGCUCUGAUCUCGGCCAACUUGCGUAGUGGGGCAGCCACCACUAUUCUUUUUUUUCUUUUUGGGACCAAGACCAAUGUGGCACACCCCAUGCACUGUUCUAUUCCUGUCUGUGCUGAUGACAGACAUUGAUGUCUCGGAUAUAAAAAGAUUCCAUGUACCUGUUUCGUACUAAUCAGCAUCUUGCAGAGAGAAGCUGAUGGCAAACGGACGUGCACGGUUUUCUAGAACAAACAUCUCACCUUCGCCGCGCUUCGGCGCUGGACCCAGCAGCCUGAGACUGGUUCGGAAUUCAGUGGGGGAAACGGAACAGCCAAGCACCCAUGUUUCGCGCUGUUCCUGACGGAAUGCCCGCGAGCCGGAUCGGCAGAUGCAGGUCUGCCUGGAAAAGAGGCUAAUUAAUUUCUGCUGACGACAAAAGAGCUGGUUCGAUUAUUUUCUUGUUUACCCAUAGUACCCCUGGAAAAGCGGCAGCAGUGAUGGGAGGGCAGGACUGCCUGUUUGUCGAUCAGAUGAGUAGCGACUCAGAGGCCAGCGAAGCGAAUCGUCUGCAGUGGGCUGGGGCUUGCGAUGGAUGCUACGGUGACGUCGCGUUGCCAGCCUUUACAGUACACCGCUGAGGUCAAGAUGCAUCACCGACUGGAGCAUUCACAUAAUCAAGAAGUGGCAGUCAAAAGCAUGGACCCUCGAGGCGCUGUAAUGGGCCGAUGGGGGAGGAACGCCAGGGCCGACGGGAUUAUCAUGGGCACCGCGAGUGGCGGCGAGCAUUGGUAACAAACAGAACAGUAAGCCCGCAAAAAUGGAUGCCGCCGAAAGUCAAAAAAAAAAACAGCGGCGUCUUCGGCAGCGGCUUACACUCGAGCCAACGGACUGUAGAGCCGGGGAGGGAGCCGUCUGGCUGGGCUCGGAAUUGGGAUCGUCGUCGACGCAGACAUCUUACGACGACGAACGAUUCGCCAUUUGGAUUCCGCGGCUCAUAGGGGAGAAGUACAAGAUGCGCAGGUUACAACUACAGUGCAUUGAGGUAAACCCUUAGCGAUAGUGUUUCGGUUCUAUUAACAACAGGUAGGUUACAUUGUAAGAGGUUUUUGUGGCGAGGGACGACUCGUGCUAAAGUUUAACACGGGUCGUGGGAACGGGC